UCAUGCCACAUCCUUUCAGUUGUGCUUGUCUUCCUUUUUGACCCUCAAACGAUCAUAUUCUUUACAACUUUGUGCAGUUGGGUCUAUUGCUCUCAUAAGAGCCUCCUUGCAGAUCUGAGAGCAGCCCUCAACUUCUUGCACCAGUGUUUUGACGGUUUGUGAAGUUAACAUAGAGGAAUUCGCUUCAGCAGAACUACACUUGUUGUAGUGGUUGCUUUCAGUGGGCUGAAGCAAGCAUUUGAGAGCAGCUGACUCUUCUGCAGAUUCCUGCCAACAGGUCAGCAAAGUGACUGCAACACCCAGAGGAGGAAAGAUGGAGGCUGCCAAUUUUGAAUACCACAAAGAGGAAGACCCCCUGGAGGUUGAGUCUUUUCAAGGAGAGAAAAGGAAGAUCAUCCAGCCAACUUCUUUAAAAGACCCCACAUUUGAAAACCUAAAGCAGACAUUGGUUGAUUGGAUCAAUACGACAUUGAAACCAGAGCACAUUGUGAUUCAAAGUCUGGAGGAGGAUCUGUAUGAUGGACUCGUACUUCAUCACCUGCUGUCCAGUUUAGGUGGUGUGAAAUUAGCCGUGGAGGAAAUAGCACUGACCAGCGCCGCUCAAAUCCGUAAGCUGGAAGUGAUCAUGAAAGAGCUGGAUGAGAGGCUGGGCAUGCCAGACAGCAGCCUGAUCAAAUGGGAUGUCAAACUCAUCCACAACAAAGAUCUCCUGGCUACCAUUCAUCUGCUGGUUGCCAUGGCAAAAGCCUUCCAGCCUAAGCUAAAUCUGCCAGCGAAUGUGCAGAUUGAAGUUGUCAUAGUAGAAGUCAGUAGAAGUGGAAUCAAAUCUGAGGUGCAGACCGAAGUCCUGACAGAGGACAGCAGAAAAACUGACUCCGAUUCCUCUAGCAAGUCUGAAAGGGAAGACCCCAUCGAGCAACUGCUGAAGCUUGAGGCCAACAAGGUCAACACAGUGAAGAAGGCCAUCUUACACUUUGUCAACCAGAACAUGGCAAACCUGGGUCUGCAUGUGGCUGAUAUGGACAAACAGUUUGCAGAUGGAGUGAUACUGCUGCUGCUGAUUGGUCAACUGGAAGGUUUCUUUAUCCCACUGUUUGAUUUCAACCUGACCCCUGUUAAUGACUCUGAGAGGCUUCAAAAUGUGACCUUAGCCCUGGAUCUUUUGAAUGAUAUCGGCCUGCAGUUGCCCAGUAUUGACCCACCAGAUAUUGUCUCUCAGGACAUCGCUGCCACCUUGAAGGUGCUUUACGCCCUGUUCAAGAGGCACAAAAGUAAUUGAGGGAGAGGACGCUGGCUGAAGACAAAAGCAUGGCUGGAGAUACAAAGAAGACAGGAAAAAAUGUUCAAUGUGGCAAACGCUGCUGCUUAUGUUCAUUUGUAGGGUUUAAUGAAUCUAUGGCUGUAUUUCUGUUGUUUGGGUCAUACCUAUUUUAAAACAGUGGGAUCUAUUUGGGAACAUUUUUAGCUUUUAUGAAAAAAAGCCUUUAUGAAACCAAUUAAAAUGUUUCAAAUGUCAGCUGGAGUAUACCGAAAACGUUUUACUUAAAAAUCUUGAAAAUUCAGCUUGAAAAGUGUGUCUGUAAAAUCCCUUUUCUUGAUUACAUUGUCAAUCUUACUGUUGUUAAAUUGAAGGCACCAAAUACUUUAGUGUUAUGUUUGAAGCAGCAGCUGCAGCAGCAAAUUGUUUGAGCAUAAGUAUGUCUGAAAACUGAAAGUGAGAGAUGUUACGUUAUGGCUCUGCACAGCUGAGUAACAGAUAGGAACGCAUGACUGAAGCAGCUGAUGAGAGUCAGUUUAUGCAAAUAAAGCUUAACAUUCAGAAAACUAACAUCUGACGACAGCAGAAAAGUAAAAAAAUAAAGAAAAAGUCUCCUUAUGCAUCACAGUUUACAGAGCAGAUUUGGUUUUACAGAUUUUUGGUGCCAAAGCAUUUCAGUGAUGUGCCAAGUUUUAUAAAAAAUACCUGUUAUGAUUUAGUCUUCUUUUAUCAUAAUUUAGCGUGAUGUAUUGUUACCUCUGAAGUUUUUGCAAAGCCUUUAUGUACUUUUCUGACAGUGUGUCAUCAGUAUAAAUAAUAUGUAUUUCAAGUUAUACUUUUACUGCAGAUGCAUGACUAAUACAGUAUUUAAAAAUGUAUUCAAGGUACAGUAUGAGGUGUGGAUGUUUUAUUGACUGCAUGAAGUUAAUUAUAACCUGACUGACAGCAUGAAUUAUAGGUCAUAUUUUUCUUAGGUGUGUAUGUAGUUCAAUAAAGAUUAUGUCCCUGGAAUUUCCAUUUAGAAGUCUUCUGUAUCUCGUCUUUCAUCGUAUUUCACAUUCAGUCUGAAUAAAAUGGCCCAUGAUAUGUUUA